ACACGCCCCCUCCUUGCUGAUCCACUUUGCUGGUCCAGGCACGGAGAGACUUCACUUCUGGUCUCAGCGCUAAGAGGUUUACGUCCAGGUGGACUCUUUCUUGUCACGGAAGAACUGCUUGACCGCGGAAGCAACAUUUUCAUUUUUAAAAGAAAGGAAGUAAAAAAAAAAAAAAGAAAGGAUGACGUUGGAGCGACGCGUUACUUUAGUCUGCUCUUGAAGAAGUGGUGUGCCAUGUUGGACACGGCCGAGGUGUCUCUGACGGAGGUCAAGGUCUUCCUCAGGAGUCGCAUGUCAGCGUGAGCCCCGCCCCCCCUCCUGACCAACAUUCUCUUGUGUGGGCCGUCCUGGGUGUGGAAGCAUCAUCUUACCAUUACCUGUGCACGCCGCGGUGGUCGUGUUUCCGGCUGCGUCUGAGCGCGGCCGAGGUGUCCGGCGGCAAGGAGCCCCGCAGGAUGCCCGUUAAGACGCCCAUCUACUUGAAGACCACCACGCCCAAGAAAGGCAAGAAGCUGAAGCUGCGCGACAUCCUGUCAGGAGACAUGAUCAGCCCGCCGCUGGGCGACAUGCGCCAUAGCGCACACGUGGGGCCGGAGGGGGAGGCGGACAUGUUUGGGGAUGUGGACUUCCUGCGGGGAAAGAUGGAUAUGCUUCCCUCUGCGGCACGGGCCAACAACGGAGACGUGCGCUCACACAGCGUGGACAGACAGCUGGAGGCCGCCGCGGCCGCCAAGCAGGACUCGGACAGGCACGACUACUCCUACAACGGCUUCCACUACGAGCACUCGUCCUCCGGCUUGUUGAAGUCCACCAUCUCCAUGCCCGUCUUUGUCACCCACGAACAAGCCCCGCCUAAACCCCCCCGCCUGCACCUGGAUGACCCCGCCCAGCGCCACCCGCAGCCCGUGGAGGUCAACCACAAGCAGCACCCCACGUUGUCACACCGCUCUGCAGCCAAGCCAUGCCUGGACGUCUCCGUCUCACCCGCCGUCCGUAGGAUGGUCCCCUACUCGGGCUCCUUCUCAGAGGCAUCCUCAGAGGAGUCCAUGUCAGACGCCUGCGGACCCCUGGAUGCCCAACAAGGCCUCAGUCUGGACUCUGACGCCGGCCUGAGCAAUGAGGAUCUGAGGAGUGAUCGCAGCGAUUCGCCGUGCGGUCACUUCCGCCUCGUUGCCUCCAACAUCCCACGCUCAGAAUCGAUGGUGGGUCUAGACCUGGACCUGGGCCCCUCCAUCAUGGAGGACGUGCUGAGGAUCAUGGACCGCUACAACAACGUGGACCAGCGUUGUGAGUUGUGAGGAACAUGCCAGGCGGCGAUGAGGCGGAGACGGCGUUCCAACGUAAUGACAGACUGAGCGGAAGGGAUGUUUUGGACGAGUGUUGGGAGGCGACAGGCUGGUCCUCAGGCGCCUUUUUCACAGCAACAUCUAAUCACCGUUAGACGACAGCAGCCAUGUUGUCACCGUCAACAAGCUGUCAACACUUGUAGAUAACAUGUCUCACAACAUUGUCAUUAGCUCAUGAUUUUUUUUUUACAAAUCAUUUCUGCAGUCAAGUUAAAAUAAGUUGUUCUGUAAACAUGAACUGUUAUUUCUCUCUAUUCUGUCCAUAUCGGCAUCAAGAAUGCUUAUUCUUGUUUCAUCUGACCGACUGAAGUAUAAAAUGAUUAUUAUUCAAUUCAAACUAUAUUUAGAGCUCUCGUGGUCCUGUCAAUGUUCAAUGUCACUACUGUGCUGUAUUCAUGUCAAUAAAUGUUCCACUACAAAGAAAA